AUGAUGCAUUUAGAUAAUCGUAUUUCAUCAUCAUCGUUAUGUAGUAUUAAUCGACCAGGAUUCGGUCAAUUAGAACGUGUACAAUUAACAUCGUACUCAAUAAAUGUUCAAUUUAAAAAUCUAUUUUCUAAUUUACCAUGUACAUCAAUACAUAUCGAAGCUGUAAUAACAAACAUUCAUACAAAUAAACUUGAAGAAAAAAUUGAAAAUAUUCAAACAAAUACAGUUCAUUUCGAUCAAUUAUUUCCUAAUGAAAACUAUUCAAUAAUAAUCAAAAUAUCUGAUGAAAAAAAUUCUCGUCUUUUACCAACACAUAUUUUUCAAACACUUCAAUCAUCAGAUCGAAAUACUGUCAUUAUAACAAAUGAAGAUCUUUUAGUAGUUGAACAAAUUGAAUCAUUUAUUCUUCCACAUACACAUCUUUAUAUUGUGACAUUACCAUCUCAAACACGUCGAGCAACUAUUCUGGGAAAUAUAUCUCUUUCAUAUACUAUCAAUCAAAAACAAUAUGAAUCCUAUCAUAUUGUCAAACCAUUAGAUAAUAAUAUUAUUUCUCGUAUUGGUCGAAUAACAGCAAAAACAAUUGUAUUUUCUCUUGAAUUACCAAAUGAAAAUACGAGUUUUAUUGAAUAUACAAGUACGAUUCAAUUAUUCUUUUCCAAUGAUCAAAGGCAAUCAAUAGUUGAUUAUCCUGUUAUUGUCAAAUAUCCUCAACAAAUACUUGUAGAUUUUCUACCAAUAUCUACACGAUCAAUACGUGCAGUUAUACAUCAUUUAUGUUUAUCUUAUAUUGAGGUCAAAGCAAUUGUUUAUAAUAAUUUAAAAAUUAUAUCUCGUGGUCAAUGUGAUAUAAAUAAAAAAGAAAAUUCUUUACUUGAUAUAACAAAUGGGCAAUGUUCAAUUUUAUUUGAUAAACUUCAACCUGAAGAAAAUUAUUUAUUAUCAAUACGUGCUACAUGUCCAAUAACAACAUCAUCAUCAUCCUAUGUUUUUUAUGAUCGUACUCGAGUUUUUCCAUUUCAAACAACAAGUGGAUUACCAGAUGAUCUACCAGUUAUUUUAACAUUUUUUAAUCAAAAUAGAACAUUAUCAUGGGCAAAUCCAUCAACUAAUAUGUCGUAUCUUGGUCCUGAUUAUUAUUAUGAAUUAUUUACAAAAUCAAAUCAUAAUUGGACAUUGGUCUAUCGAGGAAAUCAGACAUUCUAUCAAUUAAUAUCAAAAUUUAUCGAAAAAAGUAAUUUAACUUAUCGACUUUAUGUCGGUAAUAGAUAUGGACGACAAGAAAAUAAUUAUACUGAAAUUACGAUCAAUAUUGACCCUAUUCAUCAUACAUAUUCAAAUAAUCAAAUUGUUAUUUUUACAAUUUUAAUUUCAAUUUUACUUCUUAUUCUUUUUGGUUUUCUAUUUUUUGGAUGUUAUUUACGAAAUAAAAAGCUCUAUGGCAAAUUAAAACAAAAAUAUUAUCAAAAUGGCGAUAUGUCUGAUAAAGAAUUAGAACAUUUAAGAUCAUUAACAUAUCCUAAUAAAUUAAAAGAUAAUAUACUGUAUACAUGGAAUCAUACACCAACGAAUGUUGAUUUAAAUAAAUUACCUAAAAUCGAACGAGCUUUAAUUAAACUUGAUCGUUUAAUUGGCAAAGGAGCAUUUGGUGAAGUUUAUGCUGGUACAAUGAUGAAUAACCAAUUAGUUGCUAUAAAAACAUUAUUAAGCACAGCAUCAUCAUCACAACGUGUUGAUUUUCUUAAAGAAGCUAUAAUUAUGAAUCAAUUCAAUCAUAAACAUAUUAUACAUUUAUUAGGUGUUUGUUUUCUUGAUGAUUAUCAACCACAAUUUCUCGUUCUUGAAUUAAUGGAACAAGGUGAUUUACAAAAUUAUUUAAGACGUUCAAGACCAACAAAAGAUAAUAAUAAUCAAUGUCAAUUAUCCUAUGAAGAUUGUCUUGAUAUUGCAAAACAAAUAGCGGAUGGUGCUUGUUAUCUUGAACAAUAUUCAUAUGUUCAUAGAGAUUUAGCCGCACGAAAUUGUCUUGUAUCAUCAUUGGGAACAACAGAUGAGAAAAUAAUUGUUAAAAUCGGAGAUUUUGGUUUAGCAAGAAUGUUAACUCAACAAGAUUAUUAUAGAAAAAGUGGUGAAGCACUUUUACCAGUACGAUGGAUGGCACCAGAAUCAUUACUUGAUGCAUUAUUUACUUCACAUUCAGAUAUUUGGUCUUUUGGAAUUGUUUUGUGGGAAAUUGUAACACUUGGUCAAGUGCCAUAUUCACCAAUGAAUAAUCAACAAGUUAUUACAUUAAUUACAUCAACACGAGGAACCUUACAGAAACCAGUACAAUGUACACAAACUUUAUAUGAAUUAAUGAUCUCAUGUUGGCAUUAUAUACCUGAAAAUCGUAUCAAUUUCCGUGAUAUUCAUUCACGUUUAAAUGAAUUAUUAUUGGAUAACAAUAAAGAACAACCAACCAUAUGGUUUUCUAAUGAAACAACAUCAGAAACGGCACGUGGCAUUCUUGAUUGUGUAUUAAAUCAUAUUGAACCACCAACAUCAUUAUCAUACGAAGGUUCCGAUGCUGGUGAAUGUCGUUCAUCAACAUCAGGUUGUUUUUCAUCAAUGACUGAAAGUAAUUCUCAGAUACAUCAUCAUCAACAUCAUCCAAAUCAAAAUACUUCAUCCUAUCAACUACGUUUAAUUGAUGAUACAACAAGUAAUGAUUAUGCUGAUGAAGAUGAUAAUGAUAAUCACAGUGACAUUAUUGUACGUUCUUUGUAA